AUGCAGCACAACGAUUCAUCCGCCAGCAGGAGGAAGGGCACCGUCCCGAAACGUCGGCCCCCGCAGCCGGGCCCGAGCACCUCUGUUUCAACGCCGCAGCCGCCGAGGUGGGGCGGCGUUUCAAAGGUGCCUGCUGCUUCUCCCAAGAAGAGGAGGUUUCGUCCAGGCAAAGCUUUAAAGGAGAUCCGUAAAUACCAGAAAAGCACAGAACUUCUGCUCAGGAAGGGACGUUUCGCCCGUCUGGUUCGUGAGGUGUGUCAGAGUAUUACCCAUGAAACUCUCAGGUGGCACAUGUAUGCUCUCAUGGCCCUGCAGGAGGUGUCGAAGACCUUCCUCAUCAGGUUGUUCGCCAACGCCAACCUGUGUGCCAUCCACGCCAAGCGGGUCACCAUCUUCCCCCGGGACAUCCAGCUGGCCAGAAGGAUCCGAGGAAUCGACAGCUUAUAA